AUGUCUUUUAGGUUAUCAGUAGUACAAGGACAGUAUAUAGAUACACCUAAACACCGCAUAUCUUUGAUGAUAUCAUAUAACAAUUUCAAAAUGAAAAUAAUUACAAUAUAUUUGACAUUGCAGUCGUUAUUUGUAACGAUAUCUGCAUUUAUCUUUGACGCGAAAUUAUUUGCAGAAUGCGCUAAUACUACUAUUCAAAACAUUAGAUUAUACAGACCGAGUACUCAAGAAUAUAGAUUAAUACCUGUUGAUCCAAGUGGUUAUGACAUUGAUGUUUGGUUAGGGUGCUUAGAGCAACAAGAUAUUUAUGGUGUAAUGACUAUUUCAUCCGAGAGUGAUGAUGAAGGUUUGGAUAGCGAAAGGCAGGAAUUACAUGAUGGGGUUAAUGAUCUGAACACAAUUGCAUUAAACACCACAGAUAUGGAAAACAUUGAAAAAAGAAGUGAAUACCAGUUAAAAAAACAGGUUGUGAUACAAAUGAUGAGCCCGUAA